AUGGUCGCCGCGAGAAAAGUCGUCGAGCAGGGAGAGGGCACGAGGAAAGACGACGGUGGCUCGGACAGAAAGCAAGCGCCGCCUGCCCAAUUGAAAGACGACGGCACGACCUGGAAGCCUGCUGUUGCGAAACUGAAGGAAACUCGCCGGACGAUCGCCACUCCCAACCCUCGGAACGCUGGAUAUGCGCGACAGAAGCAGAACGGCAAGCUCUGGGUGCGCGAACGUCUCGACGCGCUUCUCGACGCGGGAUCGUUUGCAGAGAUUGGUUCCCUCGCUGGAAGACCUGUGGUGGACGAGGUGACAGGGCAGUUGAAAGACUUCGUACCCGCCAACAUCCUCACAGGUUGGGGCAAAGUUGAAGGAAGGAAAGUCUUCGUGACUGCAGACGACUUCAGUGUGCGCGGUGGGCACGCAGACGGCGGCAUACAGGGAAAGGCAGCCUUUGGUGAAGCUCUUGCGACUCAGCACCGAGUGCCCUUGAUACGUCUCCUCGAUGGAUCUAGUGGGGGAGGGAGCGUUGCAACUUAUCUCGCUGCAGGAGCUACUUACAUUCCUCCUCUGGCGGGCUUAGGCCAAAGUAUGACCGCAAUGUCACUCGUACCGGUCGCAAGCGCAUUGUUGGGACCGGUCGUCGGUCUUGCGGCUGCCAAGGCGGCUACUAGUCACUUCAGUGUUAUGGUCAAGGGUCUCAGCCAGCUCUUCGCCGCUGGCCCUCCGGUGGUCAAGCAAGCAACUUACGAGGACCUUUCAAAAGACCAGCUUGGAGGAUGGGAGAUUCACGCCCAAAAUGGCACCGUGGACAACGUCGCCAUGUCCGAACUCGAGGCAUUCCGCCAAAUCCGCGAGUUUUUAUCCUAUCUCCCGUCAUCUACCCACCUCCUUCCUCCCACACGACGGACUUCCGAUCCUUCAGACAGAAAAGAGGAGGAACUCAUUUCUAUCAUUCCACGAAGACGAGCUCGCGCUUACGACGUGCGCCGGCUGGUGUAUCUCAUCGUCGACCGAGAGAUACAUGUUUCCGCCAAUGCUACAAACUCGUCAGUGCAUCACGCAAACCCUUUCUUCGAAAUUGGUGCAACAUGGGGCCGUCCCAUCGUCACUGGGUUCGCAAGGCUUCAAGGACGGUCGGUCGGAGUUCUAACAAGCGACUGCAUGGUCGGCGGAGGGGCAAUCGACGCGUUGGGAUGCCAAAAAGCGGCGCGGUUCGUGAACCUCUGUGAUCACUUCGGUAUACCCAUCCUGAACUUGGUGGACCAGCCUGGCUUCGCGGUCGGUUCUGCAGCGGAACACGCAGCGACUAUCCGCCAUGGAGUAGCAAUCAUGUCGGCCUUGUUUCAUGCCACUGUGCCCAUUUUUACCGUGAUCAUUCGGAGAGCAUUUGGAGUUGCUGGAGGUGCGUUCGCGGAUCCUGGUGACGGCUUGAAUACGCGGGUCGCAUGGCCGUCGGGAGAUUGGGGUAGCCUGCCGCUCGAAGGCGGCAUCGAGGCGGCAUACAAGCGGCAGCUCGAAGCAGCACCCACCCCAGUAGCGCGGGAAGCGAUGAUGAAAGACUUGCUCGCCAAGUUCGAGCACGUGCGCGACCCUCUCAAAACGGCGCAUUCAUUCGGGAUCGAAGAGAUCAUCGACCCGAGGGACACUCGACCUCUUGCGUGCGAGUGGAUCACGCACGCAUACGAGCAUUUACUUCCUCCACGACUGCUUGCCCGUCAAGGUGGGGCGCCAGCAACUAGAACCAAGUACAAACUGUAA